CCAAUUUCAAAUGACUCUCAGUUACAGUUUCGCGAGUCUUGAAGUCGCCAAUUUAAGAUGAUUUCCAUCAGAGUGUUUGUUCUGUUGCAGAAUUUCGUCGCUGUUUGGGGCACCGUAACCCCAAGUCAUGGAGUACAAAACACCCAACCACACAUACACCCCACCAUCACCACCACAGGGAUUCCUAGCGGAGUAGUAGACGCAGCCAUUGUGAAUAUCAACACCCUCUACACCGACGCUCUGUGUCUCGAGCUUCUACUGGUCGACUGCGCUACCCACGUGACAAAGGGCGAUGAGCAAGUGUGUGGCUCGAAUGGGGUAACCUAUGACAACCACUGCCAUUUUACCCACGCUGUGUGCGAGACCCUACAUUAUGCUGGGCAUAAAAUAACCCUCAAAAGCCAUGGCGCAUGUCAAAACACCACGACCCCUUCAAGCAACGUCGCCACUGUCACAACCGAUGGCGACUUAAUGUUCAAUCUCUUCUGUAGCAACGUCGCGUCCAUAACGUGCCCCAAUGAAUUAAAAGUCGUAUGCGGGUCGGAUAGCCAGUUCUAUCCCAAUAUGUGUGUUUUCACCAAGGAGAGAUGCAAGAACAGGACAUUGACCAUCAGUCCAGAUCCUAACCGAUGUAAGUUUGGUCUUUGAGUCAUGUUGUAUUUUUCAAAUACAGCCAGUCCAAAUCCAAA